AUGGUUCACAUCGCCGCCACACUUAUCUCGCUUGCUCUUCUUGCUUCUCAGACGGCAGCACAUGGUGUUGUGGAAUGGUUCAUAGCUAACGGCAGGAACUACACUGGGGACGACGAAUUUGAUCCGAAAGGGAUCCCAACCGCCAUCCGUACCGUUAACGGAAACGGGCCAAUUGUAGACGUGACAAGUUCAUACACUGCCUGCGGUAAUCAAGCCAAAGUCGUCUCAGUAGAAGCUCCUGUCGAUGCAGGAAGCAUCGUCGAGAUUCGUUGGUCAAGUACGUGGCCACACAACACAGGAGCCAUGACUGCGUGGAUGGCAGAGUGUGGCGGGAUGAACUGCACCCAAUUCCAGGAUCUUGCCUCAGCCCAGUGGUUCAAUAUCGACGAGAAAGGCAUCGAUCCAACCACUGGCGAUUGGUACAUGGCGGAGAUCUUCAUGGAACCUGGAAAGCCUUACAACCUGACUAUCCCAGCAAACCUCAAGGCUGGACAAUACCUAUUGAGACACGAGCUCAUCAAUCUGGCGCUGGUCGCUAAUAUGGGAGGAAGUGGUGCGGAGAUGUACCCGCAGUGCUUACAACUAUCAGUCCAAAGCAGCGGGGAGCUCGUGCCGCAAUCCUCGGACUACGUCCACUUCCCUGGAGCGUACAAGGCCACUGACCCUGGCUUAACGUUUGCUCCCGGAGACGGGCAAAAAUCGCAGUACCAGCCGCCCGGUGGACCCCUUGCGAAGCUUGUAUCUUCUUCCGGAAAUGCGUCGGGUACCGAUGGGAACGCUGCAAGUUCGACAAGCUCCAUGGCGCCUUCAAACACAUCGUCCACAAAUGUCGCUGGGAGCACUCAGCAGACCACAGCUGUCCCGGGCUCCACCGGAAGUUUUAGCACUGCGUCAGACAUACCCACUAAUACUUGCUCUGGACACAUGAAGAAACGACGGAAAGUUGGUCGGAAGGAGCUGCGCGGGAGGACCUUACGUGGUAGGCGUGUUCGUCUGUUGAGGUAG